GGGCCUUUUAGAAAAAGUUUAUAACUUUAAUGUGUCUUAGGUAGAAAGUUUUGAUACAUAACAUGUUUAUCAACACGGAAUUAGGUUAAGGUAUAGUCAACCUAUUUCCUCUAUGAAGCAAAUUUAGAGUAAACUGAAAACGUAACAGACUUUUAAAAUAAAUUUAUCCAUAAAUGUAGCUGAAUUAUAUUUAUUAGUUUAAUCUGGGGAAUUCUUAAGCAGGCUCUUACUACACAGUUGUGUUAUUUUAUAACCGGUCAUAUAAGAUUCACUCUACUGUAGCAGUAAAAACAACAACGAUCAUCGGGACCUUCUGCUCUCCAAAAUCACUUAAGUUUGUUCAAAUUCGGUGCUACUUUCGCGAUCAGCCAAUCAGAGGACAGUAUUUUUAAGGUUGUGGUGCGUCAUGAUAAUGAACAUUCGUCAGCAGAUUUAUAAAAUUUGGGUACGUGGUUUGGUUAUUGGUCAUACGAAUCCAAUGUACGGCAAUGUACAAGUCGAUUUUGCAUUGUACUAAUUUCUUUGAAAAUCUCACGUCAAAAAGCCAGAACACGUUGAGUCUUAAAAAGGUAUAUGAUUUCUAUAUUAAAUAAAAUUCAAAUAUGAAGCCCAUUGUUACGUCACCAUUGAAAUAUUUCGCCGAAGAAAUCUUUGAAAAUUUUACGCUUUUCUCAUUAUUUUUAAAGUUAUAAAGGCAAAUAAGUGGGUAAGUUUUGUUGAUAUAUCGCCUUCCUUAAUAGUACUGUUGGAGAUAUCGUCUUCUUGGCUUUCUUAAUUUAAUUUGACUAUAAGAACCGUCGAAAUAAUGGAUUCACAAGUCGUUUGUAAUUAUCGUAAUUGCCGAAAAGUUUUAGUGACCGGCAAAGCUUGGGUUACGUCUUGCUCUCACAUGUUCUGCCAUGACGACGGAGAAAGAUUACGCGCAGUUCAAGAUAGAAAAUGCCCCGUUUGCAGCACACAACUAGCUGGGAAGUUUGAUCUCGUCCAAGUCGACAUAAACCCUUCAGAAUCUUACAAAUCAAUGGCGCUAUGCGGCCAGAAACCGGAAGUUAUAUUAGACAUAUGUACGCGUGCAAUCGCUUUCUGGAUGUUUCAAGUACGCCAGGAAAAGCUUUAUAAAGAAUACGAGUCUAAGAAGUUACGCGAAAAAUACACUAAAAUCGAGCAGUAUUCGAAUAAGCUUGUAUCAAACUGGAAAAUUCAAUCCAAAGGUCUCAACGCAGAGUUGCAGAGAACCAAGGCUGAGUUCAAAGAGUUACAGAAGCAAUAUACCGAGGCGAACUCUUUACUUCGAGAAAAAACGCGAGAGUUGCAAAAACUGCAGGUGUCGUACAGCGCACAAAAGCGAACGUCCAUCCCUGCUCCUGAACAACGCCAUAAUCAUCAUAUAACUUCCUCGCAUUCUGCGCUAUGGCCAGAUGUUGAAAUGCAUGAACGACCUACACCCAAACGAUCGUCAUCUGUACUCGACGAUUUCGUAAUGCAUUUCGGAGAUAGACCAGUUACGCCACCAGAACGCGAUACAGCAGCCGGAGGAUUCAACGCAGAAGAAUUUUGUUUCAAUGCAUCUCAUCCGCCUUCGCCUUUCGUUCAUUUUAAUCAAGCGAUGUCGGUGCAAAAGAACUCAAUAAAAGGAGAUGGUUUUCCAAGAAAAUUGUUCUGACGAAUCGAAAGUGAGUUUCUAAUGAUACACACACCGCUGAGCGAAGAAAAAGCUACGGAAACGCACCGAAUACGCCCAUAUUUAAUUUCUAUAACCUUUUAGUGGAUCGCAGUUUUUUGUUGAAAUCGUAAUUGUUAUAUCGCAUUGUAAGCGAAAUUGUACUAUAACCAACUGCGCGUUUAGGUAGUCCAACGAAUGUAGGCUAUUUAAAAAGCCUGGGUACCUCUGCGUACCAUGCUUCCUUAUGCUACGAGCUUACAGCGAGGAUAUGCAUGCUGAAAACGAAGUUUCAGGCUUAUACAAAACAAGCCAUUGGUAUGCCUAUGAAACAAAGGCAGUCUGGUAUUGAAAGAGAUAUAUAGGACUGCAACAUGCAAUGCUCUUACAUCUGAGGUAGGCCUGGAAUGUAACUGUAUCAGAAAGGAAGGUUUGCUUACUAGAGGAAUUUAUUAGCAAGUUGCUAUUGCAGCAAGCAUUUUAAAACUUUAAGCGAAGUACACCAAGCAUAUUCGGGCAGUUAUUCACUGUAAAACGUUCAUACAUGUAUAUAUUAAUAUCAACCCCAUACCUAACAAAAAGCAAUGUCAACUAACGUAAUUAAGUAACAUGGGAGAAUAUGUAGCUCCAUCAAUGGCUCUGGUUCUCAUUAUUGCAGCAAUUCAAGCAGCACAGAUUUUGUUUGCAUAUUCUCCAUGACAAAAGACAGCAAUAUGCCUUUGUGUUCGACAAAGUUCCAAGACCAUUUAAAUUAAGGACAAUAUUUGGCGCAAAUUCCAGCCAGGCAUCAAAA